CCGGAUAAACAGGUUUGUUCCGGUUAUUCAUUCGAAACCUCUGCUUGCUUGCGUCACCCAUAAUCAAUCAUCAUGGCGGUGGAGGACUUCCGAUUCCCGGCGACUGUGGCCUUUGCGACCCUCAUCCCUCUCCUGUGGAUUCUUGGUGUUCUGCUUACGCCAGAGAAGCAGCAUGGCGUGUUCGCCCUCUCGAUCGCCAGCGUCAUUCUUGAACACAUUCGACCAUGGGCGUACAUCACUGCUCCAUUUUACCACCAACACCUGUGGGAGGUGGUGCUGAUUGUGCCAGUGACGUUGUAUUUGGGCCGUCGCGUGGAAAUCGCGUUGGGGACCAUGUCAUUUGUGCGUUUGAUCUGCUUUGUCUCGGUCGUCUCGACGGGGCUGCUCUUUUGCGACAUGUUUGCGCUGUACAUUGUGUUUCGCAGCCCGUUCUUCUUGCGAACUGGCGUCUCUGGCUUUACGGGGGGCCUCGUCGCCAUGCUGGUGGCGUUGGUCAAGGAAAACCCGGUGCAACCGCUCGGAAUCCCCAAACUUCCCUGCCGCUACUACCCGCUGCUGCUGACAGUGCUUUGCGUCGCCAUGUCUGUCGGCGCCGUUCUGACCAAGAACGAGAUCUUGAUCGUCGGCGCGGGCCCGUAUGCCGUCUCGGGGCUGUACUUUGGCUGGGUGUACCUUCGAUUUGUGGCCAAGAACCCCGACGGAUCCGUCGGCGAUGAGUCCGAUGCGUUUUCGCUCACUGUGUUGUUUCCUGCUUUCCUCAAGCCGUCGCUCGCGCCACUCUUUGACUUUUGCUUCAACGUGUCCAAAUUAUGUGGGUUCUUCCAGCAUCGCCAAGGCCACAACGCUACAUCUGGUUCGUCCCUGGUAAGCUUGUUUAUGCAAGUAUUGUAGAUUCGGUAUGAAUUUCCGGACCCCGCCCAAUCGAAUCUCACACUAACCCUCGCCGCGACAUUUGAUUGGAUAGUAUGAAAUUUCUUGUCGCUGAUUGGCUAAAAUAUUCAUUCUAUUUUCCAUUGUCUUUUCUGUGGAUUAUUUGGUAGCCAAUCAAAUGUCGCGGCAAGGUUGCAGCGAAGAAUACAAUCAAUAUAUAUACGAUCCUGUCGCAAAUAUCUGGUGGCGUUUUUGCAUGCAAAAUCAUCGUGCUGAUUGUAGGCCAAAGCAGCGCUCGCCUCCGACCCAGUCACUGAGCGUCGCAAGUACUCUUCGUCAACGUCGAGUUGAGCAUUUAUUGGUCUUAUCUUUGGUUUUUAGGGCCAGGGCGAUGAAAGCGCUCGACGAAAAGUUGGCCAAGCUGGCCGUGAUGCCGUCGUCCGUGCCGCACGCGUUGCUAGCCGACGACGACGACGACGACACGUCGGCUGCGUUUACGGUCUAGAGCCGAUGGACUUAUUUAUGUCACAGCCUGCGUUUUCACAUGCCUCCCUCCACCCAAGCCAAGCACAUGGACAUGGGAAAGACAUGUGUAGGACGGACAGAGGGAUAUAUAGUGUACUGUAUCGUAGUCCGUGGUAGGAUUAAUUGAACAAUUGCGAGACGGAUUUCUUGCCGUGGAUGUUGAGGAUGGCUUGGGCGAGGAGCGGGGCCACGUCGAGCUGUUUGAUCUUUUCGUUGCCGACGCAGUUGGCCGGCAGCGGCGUCGUGUUGACCACGACCACUUGUUUCAGCGCCGAUGCCGUGAUGCGCUCGCUCGCGGGGCCGUUGAACAGGCCGUGGGACGCGAACGCGUACACGUUGCGUGCGCCGUGGUCGGAUAGAUGCUGCGCCGCCUUGCAGAGGGUGCCGGCGGUGUCGAUCAUGUCGUCGACGAUGAUGCAGUCGGAGCCGCUCACGUUGCCGACCAAGUCCAUGCGGUCGAUCUCGUUGGCCUUGAUGCGCUGCUUGAUGAUCAUGGCCAGCCCCACGUUCUCAAUGCCUUCCUUGCCCACGAGCCAUUCGCGGAACUUCUUGGCGCGCGCCACGCCGCCGGCGUCGGGGGACACCACCACGGGGUUGACGAGCUCCAUGUUGCCAAAGUACGACACACCCACGAGGCCACCGUCCAAGUUGUCGACGGGCACGCGCGGGCCAAAGAACCCUUGGAUUUGACCGCAAUGCAAGUCGACGGCGAUCACGCGGUCGACUCCCAUUGCUUCCAAGAGGCGCGCGACGUCCGCGGCCGAAAUCGGCACGCGCGCCGCCAUCUUGCGAUCUUGGCGAGCGUAGCCGUAGUAUGGAAUGACAGCAGUGAUGCGGCGCGCAGACGCACGACGCAUCGUGCUGACCAUCAACAGCAGCUCCAUGAGGUUUUCGUUGACGGGUACACACGUGGGUUGCACAAUGUACACGUCCUUGCCGCGCACGUUUUCGUGGACCAUGACGUUGACUUCGCCGUCGGCGAAACGCUCGACCGUGAUUUUGCCCAGGUUCACACCCACGAGUUCCGCGACCUUGCUCGCAAGCUCGGUGUUGGCGUUGCCGCUGAAAAUCUUGAGCCCGUUCAUGAUCUUCGGUUGCUUCUCAGGGAUGAUGAGGGAGCUGGGGACACCAGAUUGAGCUUCCGACGGACGAGAGCUGUUCAUCAUGCCCAUGCCAAGGCCCACGCCCAUGGCGGCGGCCGCAGUCGGCAGGUGGGAUCGCGCAUGCGCAGUCAAGCGAUGGAACAUGUUGACCUAAUUGGAUGUGAUGCGGCGAGGGUUAU